CCGAUAGGAGCGUUGAACAGCCAGCGCCGUCGCUGAGGCCACCGCGGAAGGCGUCCUAGACAAGAUGAAGCUCAUCAUCCUGGAGAACUAUUCUCAGGCUAGCGAGUGGGCGGCCAAAUAUAUCAGGAACCGCAUCAUCCAGUUUAACCCAGGGCCAGACAAGUACUUCAGCCUGGGGCUUCCCACUGGGAGCACCCCGCUUAGCUGCUACAAAAAGCUUAUUGAAUACUACAAGAACGGGGACCUCUCCUUCAAAUACGUGAAGACUUUCAACAUGGACGAGUAUGUGGCCCUUCCUCGAGAGCACCCCGAGAGUUAUCACUCAUUCAUGUGGAACAACUUCUUCAAGCACAUUGACAUCGACCCAGAAAACACUCACAUUCUGGAUGGGAAUGCAACCGACCUGCAGGCCGAGUGUGAUGCUUUUGAAGAGAAGAUCAAGGCUGCAGGUGGGAUCGAGCUGUUUGUUGGAGGCAUCGGCCCCGAUGGACACAUUGCCUUCAACGAGCCAGGCUCCAGUCUGGUGUCCAGAACCCGUGUGAAGACGCUGGCCAUGGACACCAUCCUGGCCAACGCUAGGUUCUUCCAUGGAGAUCUCUCCAAGGUGCCCACCAUGGCCCUGACAGUGGGUGUGGGCACUGUCAUGGAUGCUAGAGAGGUGAUGAUCCUCAUCACGGGUGCUCACAAGGCGUUUGCGUUGUACAAGGCCAUCGAGGAGGGUGUGAACCAUAUGUGGACCGUGUCUGCCUUCCAGCAGCAUCCCUGCGCAGUGUUUGUGUGCGAUGAGGACGCCACCCUGGAGCUGAAAGUGAAGACUGUCAAGUAUUUCAAAGGUUUAAUGCUUGUUCAUAACAAGUUGGUGGACCCCUUGUACAGUAUAAAAGAGAAAGAAGCAGAGAAAAGCCAGUCUUCCAAGAAACCGUACAGUGAUUAGCCUGUGCUGGAACCUAGUGUCAAGUAUCUCAUCAGGCUGGGCGGGUGUUUUUGGAAAUUGUCUUUAGGAGAACAAAAUUGUAUUUCUUUUAUCUAGUACAGUUACUCCAGAUAAGUGAGUGAACAUACUGUUUUUGGCUGUGAGGCUGGGAUCCUCAUCAUGGAGUUCAGCUACCAGGAGAAUGACUUGAUUAAAACUUACUGUUAAUCAGAAAAAAAAAUCUUUGGAAAACGUAUUCCACCAUCUUGAUAUCCACAACAUCUAGAUUAGGGAUUUUUAACUUUCUGUUCUGCCUCUGACACUGUUUACGUGUACAGCACACUCCCAUCAGGAACCUCUGUCAUUACAUGUACUGACUCUCCCUUGGGAGGGAAUUAGCACUUGUGUGUAUUGGACAGAACCUCUUUGGAGAGUCUUGAGAGCCUCUCUUGAGCAGGUCUGCCCCCUUAUUUGAGAAUCGCUGUCCUAGAUUAAUACACAAACUCUCUCAUUGUCUAAAGUUAGUGUAAGGAAGUGGUCCCUGGUCAGCGACAAGUGUCCUGGAACGAAAAGUCUCUUACUUCCUCCUCCAACCCAAGUUGUUUUUUCUGGUCUCACAGCUGACCUUUCUGUGAACUCGGAGGACUCCUUUGUGGGAGGAUUGGUUAGAGAAGUCCUUUGCAGAUGAACCCAGGUCCCCAGUGGGGCCAGACACUCCUGUCCCUCAGGGCCCCUAUGCCACCAGGAGGAAGAAGGUGAAAACCCUUUUCCCACCAGAGCCAUGUGUUUUUGUUAAAAGGUCUCACUGUGGCUCCUCUCUUUUACUUUAUGCUCAGUAAAAGGUAGGAGGUCCCUAGGGCAACACACACUGCCUCAAUUUCAGUGUGUUAGUGUUCAGCCAACGUGAUGGGGGCCAAGGCAAGCAGCUGUUAGGAGUUUAGUCAGAAAACAUGAGUGCCAUGCUCUCCUGUUUCCAUGAGAGGUGAGUGCCAAGACAGCACAAUAAGUGCUUCUAAAGCUGCCUAAUAUCUUUUCCUCCAUUCAGAAUACUCUGCCCUUCUAGCUCUCAGGCUCGUGUAGUGUGGGCUGAUGUUCUCAGAACAUCAGGAAAUAAACACAGCCCUUUUGUCCAUCUAUCUUCAGCCCUUAUUCAAAAGAUGAGUCUAUUGCUCUGUCUUCCUUUUACUCUUUUAAGCCUUUGAGGAAUGGAUGCUGCCUUCUUCUCCCUGUUUUUGUGCCUGUUUGAAGCUUCUGCUCCCUCAAUUUCUAGAAAGACCUUCCAGAGCCUGGCUCAGACCUCUUUUAAGUGCUGUGUUUAGUAUCAGGAUUUCAUCUUCAGGUUUUUUAUGUGAUUGUUUUGUCAUUCUGUUUUCAAUCUAAUGGAUUAAUGGAGUUGUUUA